ACCGAACUGACGGGUUCGCAAUGUCGAUUCCGGUCCCGAGGCAGCCCCAUGCUAGAUCCUUAAAUGGCCCUGGCUCCAUGAUCUGCAUGGGCCAGGUCUCUAGCUUUCUCUCGACAGUCCCUCAACUCUUAUUGAGAGACAUAGCAACCACCCGACACAUAGUCCCAGCCUCCCACCGACACGACAUCAUUCCAGCCAUUCACUAAUCUUACAGCGCGGGCAGGGAGGGUUCGGGGCCGAGGCGUCAGAUGCCACAGGAUCCGCCAUGAGUUCAGGAACGCUUGGGGGCCCUGGCGCCGGGCCUUCCAUGGCCGACUUGGACCACAGUGAUCUUGGUCCAAAUGUGCUCGCCGCAGCGUGGACAACCUGGACCAUCGCCCUCAUAUUCGUGCUUCUCCGAUUUUACACUCGCGCUAGGAUCAUGAACGCGCUUGGCCUGGCAGACUGGUUUAUUGCCCUGUCUCUGAUAGCAGCAGCAGGCUUCUGCGUCUGUGAGGUUGAACAAGUCAAGCAUGGCUUGGGCAAGCACUUUUGGGACGUUGACCUGGCUCUCCACUUCGCCCCGAUGACCAAGGCUUGGUGGGUUUCGCUGCUCUGUUACGUCCUUAGCUUGGCCUUGACCAAGGUAUCCAUCUGCCUUCUCUACCUCACCAUCUUCACCCUCGAGUUGGCAAGACGAGCCUGCUGUGUCGUCCUUGCCAUGGUCGUCGUACACAACCUCUGGGCCACAGCCAUGACCCUCACGCAUUGCAUCCCGCUCGAGGCUGUUUGGGAUCUGACCAUCGCUCCUUCAUUCUGCCAGCCCCAGGAGGUGUGGUGGGUCAACACAGCGCUGAUAAUCGCAACCGACAUCAUGAUCUUUCUCCUCCCCAUUCCCUUUGUUCUCCCGCUCAGGCUGCCCCGCCGCCAAAAGCUCGUCGUCGUCGGCAUCUUCGCAGUCGGUUUUUUCGUUGUCCUCGUCUCUUUCAUCCGCCUCGCCAUCCUCAUUCGAGCCAAGAACUCCACCGACUUCGACUCUCUCACCUUCGGCAACAUCGACCUCACAUACUGGACCGUCAUCGAAGUCCACACGGCUAUUGUCGUCGCGUGCACCAUGACGCUGAAGCCGCUGGUCGCCAAGUUCUUUCCGAAUGUUCUCUCCCCGCGCAACAGCAGCGGUUCGUCCAAGGACGAGGGGCCGAGUGCGACCGGCAGUGAUCCGCCGUUAACGAUUGGGUCGAAGCCGUCGAGGCAGCUGCCGCCGGUGGUGACUGGGGAGCGGUAUGGGCAUGAUGAAGGGGUUGCGGAGGAGGUCAUGCUUGGGAAUAUUGAGCAGCAGCGGGGAGGUGGAAUGCACGACGCGGAUAGGACUCGAACUCACGGAAGGGAGGUGGAGGAAAAGGGUGCAGGGGAGGUGCCGCCGGCGGCCGAGAAAAGUAUGGCCAAGAACUGGGAGGUUGAGGUGAACAGGCCACGUCCGUGGGCGAGGAUUUGUGCUGUGUCGGAGCGGACAGAAGACUUGGGAAGGGAGGUCACCGCACGUUCGAUAAGUUGA